AUGGACGAAACAUACGACGCAAUCAUUUUGGGUACGGGCAUCACGGAGUGUGUUCUUUCCGCUCUUUUGUCUGUGGACGGCAAAAAGGUCUUGCACAUUGACAGGAACGAUUACUACGGUGCCGAGUGUGCUUCGCUUUCGCUUUCGCAGCUGUACAACAAGUUCCGCCCCGGCGAGGAAGUACCGAAGGAUAUGGGCCGCGAUCGUGACUGGGCAAUUGAUAUGAUUCCUAAGUUCAUGAUGGCGAACGGCGAGAUUGUCAAUAUGCUCGUGCACACCGAUGUGACGCGCUACUUGGAGUUCAAGCAGAUUGCUGCUAGCUACGUGUACCGCGACAAGCGCAUUGCGAAGGUCCCUAGUACAGAGAUGGAGGCAGUGCGCUCCCCGCUGAUGGGUCUGUUUGAGAAGCGCCGCGCUAAGCGCUUUUUUGAGUUUUGCCAAAACUGGCGCGACGACGAUCCCAAGACGCACCAAGGCAUUGACUUGGAUGGAUGGCCCAUGGACAAGGUUUUUGCGCAUUUUGGUCUUGAGCCGGGCACGCGCGACUUUAUUGGCCAUGCUAUGGCGCUGCACUUGGACGACGCGUACAUGCAGACUCCCGCGCGCGAGACUCUCGAGCGCAUCAUGCUGUACACUUCUUCCAUGGCGCGCUACGGCAAGUCGCCUUACAUUUACCCUAUGUACGGUCUUGGCGAGCUGCCCCAAGGCUUUGCGCGCCUAGCUGCUAUCCACGGCGGAACAUACAUGCUUGACAAACCAGUGGAUGAAAUUGUUGUGGACGACAAGGCCACAUUUGUUGGCGUACGCAGCGGUGGAGAGACUGUCAAGGCACCCAUGGUUGUUGGCGACCCGAGCUACUUCCGCAAGGUCGGCAGCAAGCCGCUCGUUCGCGAGACGGGCAAGGUAGUGCGUGCAAUUUGCAUUCUCAAGCACCCCAUUCCCAACACAGACAACUCUGACAGUGUCCAGCUGAUCAUCCCACAGAACCAAGUUGGCCGCAAGCACGACAUCUAUAUCGCCGAGGUCUCGACGACCCACGCCGUGUGCCCGGCCGGCUACUAUCUCGCUCAGGUGUCUACAGUGGUCGAGACCGACAAGCCGGAGCUUGAGCUCCGUGCCGGUCUCGACUUGCUAGGUCCGAUCCAUGAAAAAUUCGUUACCAUCACAGAUCUCGAGGAGCCGCUCGACUCUGGCAAAGAGAACAAGAUUUUCAUCACGCGGUCGUACGAUCCCACUUCCCACUUUGAAACGGUUGUGGAAGACAUUCACAAUGUCUGGCGCCGCAUCACUGGCAAUCCACUCGUGCUCAAACAGCCGCAAGAUUCCGAAGGUGCACACGUCGCCGCAUGA